AUGCAUGCGAAUGUCUCCCCGGCAUGUUCUCAAACGACAGUGACAUCCAGGAGAGAUGUGGAUGCGAGCACACGGGACGCCUACACACAUCUCAUGCACCACGCAGUACUGGACAUUCCUCUGGCCGCAGUGAACCCAGUGGAUCUCGCCUUCGAGUCCACGCCUCUGCUCAUAAUCAACGGCUCCCUUCUUCCCACUGCUGCUCCUGCUGCAUCUGGUGGCGGUGCUGCUGCUGCUGGUUAUGGCGUCUCCUCCACCACUCCAUCCCACACAUCCCCUGCCCCGGCCACCCCGCCUCCUUCUACUCCUGCUGCAACCGCCGCUGCUCCAGCAUCCCCAUCCACUCCCCUCACGCCCUCCACGCCUCCUUCGGAAUCAGCAGGGGCGGGCGGAGGGGAAGGGGAGAGGAGCAGCAGCAGUGCGCGGAAAGCAGCAGCAGGAACGCCGUAUUCGCCGUCGGUGGUGGCGUCUGGUGGUCGGUCCGGGGGAGGAGGAGGGGGACGGAGAGGGAGUGGGGGGUCGCUCAUGGAUGCUGCAGCGGAUGCGGUGAUGCGGCUACAGCACAUGUUGCCUGCGUUCCUCGCGUCCUCCCCUCCUCCCCCUCCCCCCACUCGUCCACUCAUCGCAUGGCACCGCUUCUCACCACGCCUUCUCGCAUCGGGCCCUCUCGACCGCCUUCUUCUCUUCGACCUCCAUGCUUCUGCUCUGCACUCAGGUCCCUCGCUCUCCCCCCCACCGCCCUCCAUCCUUCUGCACGAGCUGCAGCGCCACGUGUCGUGUGUUGACUGGCGGCCCAAGGCAGGCGCCACUCUGGCUGUGGCGUGCAGGCGUUCCUCCUCUUUCAUUUCGUAUCUUCCCCCUCCUCUUAUCCCUUCCUUCCCCUCCUCCGUUCCCCCACUCCUUGUUCCCCCACUCCUUGUUCCCCGUCCUCCGUUCCCCCACUCCUUCUACGUGCCCCCCUCCUGCUCCUCCAUCACUCGUCUGCAACCUCCCCCUCUCUAUGUCCCCCACCUCCCCCGGGCCCCCCACCACACCCCCGCCUCCCCCGCCACACAACCCCCGCCCUCCACAUGCCACCACCACUGCGUGCUGCUCUCAGGGCGGGCAUCUGCCUGUGGAACCUGGCAGGGCCUCUCCUGGUGGAGGGGCCAUCUGGGGGAGACACAGCUCUAUCCGGCAUCACAGGGGCCAGCAUGGGAGCAGUGGGGGGAGGGGGGGGGGGAUGGGGAGUAG